UUGACAUCUCUUCCACACUCCAUCCUGCUUGGCUAAAGUCCCAAAAAGAAACAGUGGAGCUAGGUCUUCAAUUGUUGAUCAAAGAUUCCAUUGUUGGGCUCUGUUUUAUAAAGGGAAUGGACUUGUCCCGUCACUCACUUGAGAACAGCUCCAGAGCCUCCUCCAAGAUGCUGGCAGUUCUGUUCACAGCGACCUUGCUGGUCCUGAGCUCGGCUCAGACCCCCAGUGAAGAGGUCGCCACUGAGGCUCCUACUGCUGCCCCUGCAGAUCCUGCAGAACAAAGCCAGAGCGAGGUCCCAGAGGCCUCUGCUGAUGAAAACAGUGACCCAGAGAAUGAGCCUGAGCCAGAAGGGGAACAAGUGUCCUCUGCUGAUGAAGCGAAUGAAGUGACUGAAACACAACAAGAACCAGAAGCAGAAGAGCCUCAAGACCAACCUUCCUCUCCUCCUGAAAACCCACAAGAACCACCCCAAGAAGAAGACUCCCCGCAAGACUCUUCUCCUCCUGUGAAUGACCAUAAACCUCAUAAUUGGAGUCGUUUUGGUCCUUAUGGUCCUUUCGGUCCUUUCAAGAAAUUUCAUCCUCCUUCUUUUGACUUUGGAAGACUACGGCAAUUCUUUAACAGAAGAUGGGUGGCAGCAAAUUAAUUACUCUGUAGCUGACCGUUUUAAGUAGUUAUAGAGAGUGCCAGAGAAGAUGAUGUUCUUCAGACAAACAGGCCAAUGAACCAUUGUUGACUGUCUACCUGACCUCAAUAAAAUUUUCAGCAUGCAA